AAGGGAGAAAGUCGGCUCUGCGCCCCAGCCGCGUAGCAUUUAUUCUUUUCCCACUGCUGCGCCAGGCGCGCUAGUGAUCCACACCUGUAGUCAGCCUUGGUGCAGAACUACACUUCCCAGGAGGCAAAAGAGCCGCGUGCAUGCGCGCUUCUCAGCUCCAGCAUGGCUACUGUGCUGUCGCGGGCGCUGAAGCUGCCAGGCAAAAAAAGCCCAGAUCUUGGAGAAUAUGAUCCCCUCACCCAAGCUGACAGUGAUGAAAGUGAAGAUGACCUUGUGCUCAACUUGCAGAAGAACGGUGGAGUCAAAAAUGGAAAGAGUUCAUUGGGGGAGGUACAGGAUGUGGACUCAGAUGUGGAGGUUGGGAUGACGAAGCAGCAUCUCCCUGAGGGUAUGUCAGAGGACUAUCCUAGCGAGACCACCAGGAAUUUGCAACAGAAGACAGCCAAUUCCUUGAUGCCUUACUUGCGCACAGCAAUAUUUUUGCUCACCGUGGUUAUCUCCAUGAUCCUUGUGCUAGUGUGUGCUUUCCUCAUUCCUUGUCCUCCAAGGGACUUGCAUAAUACUUGGAUUCGCAACUUGGGUCAGGAAGCAGGGGGAGUGCUGUUUCCGCCAGAACUUUUUGAUGUAAAUGGUGAUGGUCUUCCUGACAUCCUGCUUUCCUUCACAGCUCUGAAAAAUGCUAGUGUGUUAGGUGUCUCCAAGCCAUGGGUCACGGUAAUGGCCCUUUCGGGGAUGAAUGGCAGCACCCUGUGGUCCAGUCAUGUAAAAGAGGAGAUUCGGAGUGUGCAGUGUAAAGGUUUGGAUCUUGUGUCCUCGGUGGAGCCAGUCUGCCUCAUUACAGGGACUUCGAAAUUCCUCAGUCUUCUGAGUGCUUCCUCAGGGAAAUCCAUUUGGACACUUGACUCGUCCCACCUACCUAGUGGAACCUUGGCUGCUCCAGCUGUUCCUGUACCAGAUGUGGAUGGAGAUAGGGUUGGUGAUUUGGUGGUUCUUGCCAUUGGAGAAACCCAGCCAGACUUGUGCUUCAUCCUGGUGUCAGGCAAAACUGGUAGCCCUGUGGGAGGGCCUGUAAAGUACAGCACCAAUGGAAAUGGAAAGCUGAUUGGCCCUCAGGCCCACAUCACCAGCCACGGAGCAAUCUACAUCCUAUUUGGUUUUGGCAAUGUCCAAGCCGUCGCUCUGAGAGAUAUAUUUGCUCAGGCUAGAAACCGCGACAGCUUCCCAGCAGUGCUGCAGCGAGAAGAGCCAGAGUGGGAGAAGCGCCGUUCAGUCAAUUUGUCUGAACUUAUUGAUAUUUACAGUGGUGGUGUUGAGUUCCUGCAGGCAGUCAAAUCUCCAGAUGGCAACUGCAGUGACCUUCUUGUUACUACUAAGCAUGGUCUGACGUUGCUGAGAGGACAGGACUUAGAACCACGCUGGAAUCUACCACAAGAGGACAUUGACAGCCAGCCAUCCCCAGGCUACUUCAGUGAUGAUCAGACUGUGGACUUUAUGCUUCAAGCGCAGAGUGGAAACAACAUCACAAAAAAGUUGCUGGUGGUGGAUGGUAAAACAGGCCUCCCCAUCUGGAGCUAUGCAAUGCCAUGCCACAUGAAAAGAUCGGAUGCACGAUCAGUGAUGACUCUGGACAAAAAAUCUGUCUUCCUCUUCUGGGCUAAUGUAAAACAGUCUUUCCUAAAAAGCUUGGAGCCCAGCCCAAGAGUCCACCAUCUUUAUCUCCUUCAUCCCAAUUUCCCUACAGUCCUUCUGGAUCUGAGUAAUACCACAGGCACAGUGACUGCUUCAUCUAUUGGCAUCAAUGAUCUUCAAAAAGAUGCAUUUUAUAUCACCAUGACAACAAGCCCCACCUCUGAACAUCAGCCCGGGUUUCUUUCAGUCAGCAAACUGCGCCUGAGGUGGGCCUUGAUGACUCAGAGCCGAGAGGUGCCCUUGAAGGAGACCGAUCCCAAAAUCAAUCAUGGAGAACUGAGGCGCUUUCUUUCCAGGAUCAAAUUUAUCGAUUCUGCUCACAAGUUCUAGCUAUGGAACUCAGGUUUUCCAAGGAACAAGACAAAAGUGUUGGCCUCUAUAUCAGCGGCACACCAAGCUGACCAGCCAGACCUCAUGAUGCAUUCAAUAAGUGAUGAAUAGGGGACUUGUCCUGUGUACAGCUGUGGAGAACUGGAGAACUUGUCCUGCUGGUGACCCUUCCUCAUCCUGGCUUGCAGGAACGUUCCUUGGCCCUUUCAUUGCUAUGUUCUACCUGUAUACUUCCUUCCAGGUAGAUUGAAGAUGCACAUUGAUGCAGAGAUACACGUGUACAUGUCUCUGUGUAUAUAGAUAUAGAUGUGUAUAUAUAUAUUGCAUUUUUAAUUUAUGAAGCCUUUCCGAGGAAGCUCCCAUUUGUUUCUUAUAAGCAUUUCCACACACUCUGCUUUCUGUGAAGUGCUUUCCCUUGGCUCACAGCCUCUGCCUUUAGGGUUCCUUCAGCUGUGUCCAUUGUUUUAGGGGUGUCUGCUGUGCCCCACUGAGUUCUUUCUCUGCACUCCCAGGGUUCAACCAAGGUUGAAUGGCAUUAUACUUCAGUGCUGAAUGUUUGCAUAUGUUUGUUCAGAUCCAGACUGGUGUUAGUGCUGUUGAACCAAAAGGUUGUGAUCUGCUAUUAAUUCACCCUCUGUCCUCUUCUUCAUGCUGACAUCAGCUGUCCAUGGGUCUGCCAUGGUUUUGAAGCAAUGAAUAAGAAAAUAUUCACCAUAAUGCUUUUGUAUAUUUCCUGUUUUAUUUAUAUUCCCUGUGUUAUGGCAAACAAGGAAUGCUUGAAAAUUCUAUGGCCUUGCAUUGUUCUAUCUUUGAAGCAACAGUACUGGGGGAUAUCUCUUUGCAAGGGGAAUUUUGUCAUCACGGCAAAGAUGUUAAAACUGACAUCUAACUGUGCCUCUGGCAGAAGCAGGCAAGGGAUUGUGACCAGGGCAUUGACUCACUUGCCCUGGUGAUACCUGGUUACAGUUUUGAUCUUUAGAGGCUACUGUUGAGGCUCAGUUACUUCCCAUGGGAGCAUGUCAUACAUACCAGAGGGAUCUGUGUUACUUACUUUUUUCUACUCCAGAAUGAGUUUAGAUCAAUGAUCCUCACCAUUUUUUCAAUAAGGAGCCACUUCAGCACCAGCCAUUGCUACCUGGACCUCUUGAGGGCCUUUUCUGGGCUGUGGAGGAAAGCAUUGCUCUCUGUUUCCCCUCCCCUUUUCAAGCGGUGGGGCAGUUGGAGGUCUUUUUCAGUCCCUCUCUCCUAUCUUUUUCAGUUCUUCCAUACAAGAGCUCAUCAUUCAGUUCCCAGGCAGGCAAAUUCCAGCUGAUUCACUUUCUCCUUGGUUUAGGAUCAGUUGUUUACUCUUCAUUGAGAGACGGCUCUGCCAUUCUCAGUGCUGCAACAUUUCCUGGCACAGUCCCUUGAUGCUUUCUUUCUUGCCUGCACACUCAGUUUCCUCUUCUCUUCCAGUACCACUGAUCAUCCACUCUUUGCCUCUUGUCCCUACCCUGCACAACUAAUUGGUGGUUUGUACCUCUCUUCUCAUCUUCCUUUUCCCCAUCUCCACCUUGGAGCUGAUGCAUAAUAAGGUCACCUGACUCCCCACCUGCAAAGACUCCUCUGGUAACCCAGAGCACACUGUUUAGCCCAUUACUGGAGCAAACAGCAAGGCAAAUUGGAGAGCCCCUUCUGAGGGAGAGCAGCUGAGAGGGGGAAAGAAGGGUAUGGGGCCACUUUAGAUGAUUGAGCCUGCCAGUGGCCUUUGGGCCUUACAGUGAAGAACACUGGUUUUGGUUGCUUUUCUUUACCUAGUGGACUGUAUCUAGUUCAGCCCAGAGCUACUUUUUCCAUGAGAGAAUAUGUAGCUUGUCCUGUAUUCUGAGCUAAGCUGCAUUACAGAUACCCCAGUGAUUCAUCAUUUGUGAAACAAAGCCAACAGUGUUUUGGGAACAAUGCUUAACCAGUGUAGAAGCAGCAUAUUCAGGAAUGCCGCUCCCCAUUGUAAGUAUCCUGUCCAUUGGUAAGGCACAUAAUUUUGAUUAAGGUUGGAUUCUUCAGCAGCCCUUUGAGCCUGGAUAUAUAUUUCUCUUUUCUAGAUAGCAAACAUCUUGCUGGGAUUUCCUCCCAUCCGUUGAUGAAAUAGCCUGUUUAUCACCUCUUUUUCGCAAGAGGUUCAUGUUAAGGCUCUGGGAAAACCCACUAGCUCUCUCUGAUGUCGCUUUUGCUUGUUGCCUUGCCAUGGGGUGGCCAUUAGAUGUUCCACAUGCACAGCAUUUUGGACAAAUUGUAAUGCUGAUGUCAUUGAUAUCUGUCAGCAAUAUAUAAAUGACAAUGUACCACAAUAA